GGCAAAAAAGCAUAUGCCAUGGAAAGAAACCCAUGAAUGGAUUUAAAUAAAGUCCAAUAUUAUUAUAUCUUGUGUAUUCCCUCUCUUUAUAUAUGUGUGGUGAAGGAAGUUUGUGUGUGCAUCAGAAAAACAUAGUCUUCUUGUCGUCAAGAAAAUUUUCUUGAGACUUCUUUCUAAUCAUCAAAAUGCCUGCAAUUGCUGUCGGAAGAUUAGAUGAUUCAUUUAGCAUUGGUUCGUUGAAGGCCUAUGUAGCUGAAUUCAUCUCCACCUUGCUCUUUGUUUUCGCCGGAGUCGGCUCCGCCAUUGCCUACAACAAGUUGACGGCGGACGCAGCUCUUGAUCCGGCGGGGCUGGUGGCUGUGGCCAUCUGCCAUGGUUUCGCUCUGUUUGUAGCCGUCUCGAUCGGAGCCAACAUCUCCGGUGGCCAUGUAAACCCUGCAGUCACCUUUGGUUUGGCUGUUGGCGGCCAAAUUACGCUACUUACUGGCCUCUUUUACUGGAUUGCUCAACUUUUGGGCUCCAUUGUGGCAUGCUAUUUACUCGUAUUCGUAACCGGAGGAUUGGCUAUUCCAAUUCAUGGAGUUGGUGCUGGUGUUGGAGCCUUUGAAGGAGUUGUUAUGGAAAUUGUUAUCACAUUUGCUUUAGUCUAUACUGUGUAUGCGACAGCAGCUGAUCCAAAGAAGGGCUCAUUGGGCACAAUUGCACCCAUAGCCAUUGGUUUCAUUGUUGGUGCCAAUAUUUUGGCUGCCGGUCCAUUUUCAGGUGGGUCGAUGAACCCUGCCCGCUCCUUCGGACCGGCUGUGGCCAGCGGCAACUUCUCCGGCAUCUGGAUUUACUGGGUUGGACCCCUCAUUGGUGGUGGCCUCGCCGGUCUCGUCUACGCCUAUGUGUUCAUGUCCCACGAGCAUGCUCCCCUACCUACCGACUUUUAAACUAUUUCGUUUGUAAUUUCAACGUGUUCAAAUUGAAACUUUUUCACCUUUUCUUUUGGUAAUGAAAGGAAGAAGAGGAAAUUUUUGCUUUUCUUCCUUUAUUUCAUCAUGGUUUCUUUGCUGUAAAUCCAUUUUCUGGUGUAAUGUUGCUUUCUUAAAGAUCAUUUAAUCGAAGGUUUGGUCCCAAUUCUCUAUA